GCUCAGUGGAACGCGGCCUUUAUGUCAAUCAAUUGUACUCUUAGAACAAAUGUCAUUUGAUUCCACCGAGAUUUUUUCCAUGAGAUUUCGAAUGGCGCAAGGUCGCAAGACCCUACGUUACGUUAUCACCCUAAUAAUUCAAACAUUACUUUAAGUUAGUUUAGACGAAAAUAUUUAAACAAAGGCAAUAAUUUAUUGACAACUACCACAAUGGUUGUUGGUGCAUUUCCCAUUGCUAAAUUGUCCGUGUUAUUAGUCAAACAAAUUAGCAAACCUAUUGCUAAUAUUUGCAAAGAAAGGGCCAAAAAUAGUCCAUUUUUUAGGACUUACGUAUGUAUGCCACCAGCACAAUUUUACAACUGGUGUGAGGUAAAAGCGAAAAUGUGGAUUUUGAAUUUAGGAAAACCAGUAAAUAUUCCCGUUUUAAGUCAAGAAAUGGCGAUUGAACUGGGAGCUAAUCUGCUUGGUGAAACAGUGAUAUUUGUGAUUGGAGCUGGACUACUGGUGAUUGAAUAUAAUAGGCAAAGUAAAAAGGAAGCAGCAAAAGAAGCAAAAAGAGAAGAAGAAAUGAGGCAUAUUACAACUACAAUAACAGACUUGUAUUUCACAGUUCAACAACAACAGACACAACUAAAAGAAAUGGAAAGGAUGAUUUAUUCAUUAGAUGGCGAAAAGCCCAAAAUACCAGUGAAAAAUGGACCAGCAACACCAGCUUCGCUAGCAGCACCACCUUCACCAGCAGCACCACCGGUUUCUUCUAAACCUCAAAACAUUAACUAUGUUGGAGACUAUGAUGUUUACACAUCUCCAGCACUUUACCCUGAUCAAGGUGUCAUACUUCAAUCUCUAAAUUACAUUCAAAUGGACGUUUUCAGUUCAUUUUUUAGUCCAUCACAAAAAAGAGAAAACAAUCAGAGAGUUGAUAAGCCUCAGCCCCAACCGAAGCGAAAACCAGCUGUCCUCUCUGAAGCAUUACAUAAUAUAGAAAAUAAUUUUAGAAGUUUAUUUUAAGCAAACUUUUGUUGUUGUAUCUGACAUAUAUUGUUUGAAAGUAGUUAAUUAUUUAUUUGUUACAACUUAAGAUAACUGUUUUUUUUAUAAUUAUUUUACCUAAGUAUGGAUUGUAAACUUGUAAAAUAUUAAGUUAUGUGAUAUCCAAUAAAUAUUACCGAAAUUAGG